UUCGUCCCUCCAAACCAGCCUCCCUCCCGUGAUCCCGUCCCUCCCCAUAGGUCCAUCUUCCCCUCUCCCUACCCCUGCGGCGGCGACGGCGACGGCGACGGAGAGGCAACCGGUGACGCCUCUCUCCCUCCUCCCCGCCGGCUUCGAGGCCUGUUCCUCCCAAGCUCCAACGCCUACUGCCUACAUCGAGCCUUCCCUGCCCACGCUCCCAGCGCCCGGCGCGCGCGCCUACAGGGUCCAGGCCGCCUUCCGCAGAAGCGCGCGGCUCGCCUUCCCCUCCGCCCCUCUACUUGACUGCCGCCAAGUGGAGAUCCGCAAGGAAUCGGAUCGGCUUUAUUGGCAUUGCUAUGCAACCGUGAAUCCGUCCUGAAUUUGGUUGGGGUUUCUGAAAUCACCUAGUGUUUUACACAUCCUGCCUUGUGAACAUGAACCAGGGCAUAUUUGGAGUGUUGUUCGUAAGGCUCUGAGAUGGCUGAUGGCGAUUCGUCUGACUUCACAUUCUGCAAAGUUAGUUCUGAAGAAAAUGAUGGACAAUUAGGAUCUCCCAAAGCCAUUCCUGUGGCUAGUAUGUCGCUCGAGGAUGUUCAUGUUGAUAGUGCAAAAACUGCAAGGAAAGAUGGCUUGAAAGCCAGUGGCUCAGAUAAAGAUAGAUCUGGUAACAGUGCUAGUGUAUCAAUACAAGACAGCAACAUGAAAGAACCAAUUACACAAACCAGUGGUGCAGCAGAAUCAAAUGCGUCGUCGCAGGCAAAACCUUCAUCGAAGAAACCUGCAGUACGGAAAAAGGUUCCUUUUGAGAAGGGCUAUAGCCAAAUGGAUUGGCUAAAGCUGACACGAACACAUCCUGAUCUAGCUGGGCUCAAGGGGCAGUCAAAUCGAAGGUUAAUUUCUUUGGAAGAAGUUAAGCAGCAUAAAACUGGAGAUUGCAUUUGGACAGUUCUCAAAGGCCGUGUUUAUAAUAUUGCUCCAUACAUGAAAUUUCAUCCUGGAGGAGUUGAUAUGCUUAUGAAAGCUGCUGGAAAGGACUGCACUGCUUUGUUCAAUAAAUACCAUGCUUGGGUAAAUGCAGAGUUCCUUUUGGAGAAGUGCCUUGUCGGAUUCCUUGAUCCCAAUGAGUAGAUCUCAAGGUUCAUGCCAAUGCGGCAUUUUACCACUUCUGCACUAAUGGACUAUUUGUAUUAGGCACACUAGUCGAUGAAUUAAAGAAUGUAAAUGUUCUAUUGUAUCACAAUGAGAAUACAAUAAUUCGUUUCACUCUAAAAGAAAGAGAGAGAAAUAAGCUUAGUGUCUGUUCGUCCUUAUAGAUGUGAGAAUCCAGGGAUACACUAGUAUGUCAAUGAGAUGCGAGGUAGAUUGCAACAGUCA